UGUAGUUCACUUUCCCAUUCUCUCACCCCAUCCGCGGUUACGGGCGGACGCAACUCUCUCUCUCUCUCUACAAUCUAGUCGGAGCCGCCAUCCCCUCUCUCUGGCAUAUUGCAGAUUUCUUACUCUGGUCCUUAUCAGUGGAAAGAGAAGGGGAAGCGUCGUCGCAUUGUUGCCGGACCAGGCGGAACCCUAGAACAUCUUUCGCUAAUUAGGCCGUUCUCUGUCCGUUGGCUCAUUGCGCCAUUCCUCGUGUUGUUUCUUGUGCUCGCAAUCUUUGGUGGGAUUUCUUGAAUCUUUUCAACAGCAGCUGAGCAAUCUCAAUAUUUUGUGUUUAGCCCCAAACUGCGGUGAAUCGGGGGAGUUUGGUUUCGUGUGUUGUGCGACUAGGGUUUAUAUUUCUUCCUCCACUCCGGAAAAUUUGAUUUUUUUCUUGGUAGCAUGUUGGGAUGAGGUAUAUUGUGAUAAGGCAUCAGUAGCAUACUAGCAGCUUCGCUCAAGUGAGAUUGGCGAAUUAGGUUUUCUGGAAGUGAAAGAAUGGCUUUUAUAUACUAUGUUAUUGUUGCUUUUCCGUGCACGAUUGGGGCGAUAGCUUUGGCUUUGAUUCAUAUUUAUAGGCACCUGUUGAACUAUACUGAGCCCACUUUCCAGCGUUACAUAGUUCGCAUAAUCUUCAUGGUCCCGGUUUUUGCUUUGAUGUCUUUCUUAUCACUUGUCUUUAAUGACAGAUCAAUAUAUUUUGAUUCAAUUCGGGAAGUCUACGAAGCUUGGGUCAUCUACAACUUCCUUUCACUUUGCUUGGAAUGGGUGGGAGGCGCAGGUGCUGUGGUUGUAAGUUUAAGUGGUCGAAUGCUGAAGCCAUCAUGGUCGCUCAUGACUUGCUGCUUUCCUGCCAUUCCUCUUGAUGGACGCUUUAUUCGGAGGUGCAAGCAAGGUGCAUUGCAGUUUGUGAUACUUAAACCAAUUUUAGUUGCAAUUACCUUCAUAUUAUACUCAAAAGGGAAAUAUGAAGAUGGGAAUUUCAGUGUUAACGAGGGCUAUCUCUAUAUUACAAUUACGUAUACAAUUUCAUAUUCAAUAGCGUUGUAUGCGCUUGCCUUAUUCUAUGUGGCUUGUAGAGAUCUGCUUCGACCUUACAAUCCAGUUCCAAAGUUUAUCCUAAUCAAAUCCGUCGUCUUUCUCACUUACUGGCAGGGUGUUUUGGUUUUCCUAGCUGCAAAGUCUGGAUUCAUAAGUAAUGCCAAUGAAGCUGCUGACCUCCAAAAUUUUGUUCUGUGCGUGGAGAUGCUUGUUGCUGCAGUUGGCCACUUCUAUGCUUUUCCCUAUAAGGAGUAUGCAGGUGCCAAUAUUGGUGGUUCUAGUGGUCUGAUCGGCAGUUUUUCUCAUGCUUUAAAAUUUAAUGACUUCUACCAUGACACGGUUCACCAGUUUGCCCCAACCUACCAUGAUUAUGUGCUUUACAAUAGCACAGAGAGCGAUGACGGUGCAAGAAAAUAUCGAUCGAGGACCUUCGUGCCUACCGGGCCGGAGAUGGAUGCUGUGAGAAAAAAUAGACAGAUCUAUGGCGGCAGGCUUGAUGAUAUCCAACUUUCUAGUGUCUCCACAUCGGGUUCCAACAGUCCUGCUGUUUCAAAUGCUUCAGCAGACAUGGCUGACUUGGAGCUUAUUAAAUCAUCCUUGCUGAAGGAGUCAUCUGCUUCAGCAGCCCAACCAUAUGAUUUAUCAAUUCUGCUAGAUACUGAACUGUCAAAGUACCCUUCCAAGGUUCCCUCUGCUGAAGACCCAAGCAGAAGAUGACCUUGAUUAAUUACUUCACAAGUUCAUGCAAAAAAAAAAAAAAAAAAAACUUGUUUCCAAGGUUCUAAAGCUGGUGAUCUGAACCACUCAAUAUCAAUAGAAGCAGCUGUCGUUUGUUCAUGACAAGCUGCAACAAUCAAUUAUUAGUAGAUACAGAAGAUUUGUUUCCUUUGUGAUUUGUAUGACAACUGGGCAGGUUAGUGACUGAUGGUUGUGUUUGUAUAUGGAUCUUCCAGGCAUUUUUUAGAAUCGAUUUCUUUGCGAGUCUCCCCUAA